UCUGCUGGGCGCGCAUCGUAUCAGCAACAUGUCUUGCAGUAGAGACAGCCCUCAGCCACCUCCAAAGCAAUCAAACACUCUAGUACAAGUAGUGGAAGCGAGCGAAGAACAGGAAGAGAUUGCAAAGAUGAGCGAGCAAGAAGUGACCGAGACCGUAAGCGAUGAGGUCUAUGUGGCUUAUAAGUGUACUUCACUUCUGGAAGGAUCAUUAUCUCAUCCUAGUGACAUAGUGGAGGCAUCUUCUCUUGCAUCACUGUUAUUGCCACCCUUGACAUAUGGUCUUCCUAAUGCUAUUCCUCAAGAAGUUAUUACAUCUGGUCAUCUCACUGAUUUGCAGCUGGAGGGCAUUGCUUAUGCUUGUCAACGCCAUCAAAUGAUUCUUCCUAACAACACAAGAGCUGGUUUCUUCAUAGGUGAUGCAGCUGGAGUAGGGAAAGGCAGACAAAUUGCAGGAAUUAUAUUUGAUAACUAUGUUCGAGGACGAUUCAAACAUUUGUGGUUUAGUAUAUCAUCUGACUUGAGAGCAGAUGCUAAACGAGAUCUAGAAGACAUUGGUUGUUACAUCAAAGUAAUCAGUGGUUGUCAACAACUAGAUAAGGGAACAAAGGUGUUUGGUCUUCCAGCUGAUUUAAAGGACGGUGUGGUGUUUAGUACUUACGCCACGCUUGUAUCGUCAGUGCAACAAGCAGGUGGGUCACGACGUACUCGGCUUCAGCAGCUGAUUGAGUGGUGUGGGGGACUAGAAUUUAGUGGUUGUUUGAUUUUUGAUGAAUGUCACCGAGCUAAAAACUACAAUCCUAAUAACGAGAAAACCAGCACAAAGGUUGCAGUUGCUGUGUCAACAUUGCAAAGGAUGCUGCCCAAGGCUAGAGUUGUUUACUGUAGUGCUACUGGAGUUUCUCAUGUGAAGAAUAUGGCAUUUAUGGAAAGACUUGGACUUUGGGGUGAAGGCACAGCUUUUAAGUGCUUUGAUACUUUUUUGGAAAGCAUUACAAGGAGAGGUCUUGGUGCUGCAGAGAUGCUUGCAAUGGAGAUGAAAACAAGUGGCAUGUUUGUGUCAAGAGGACUUAGUUUUAAACACACUGAGUUUGAAACGAUUGAAGUGAAACUGACAAAAGAACAAGAGAAGCUAUACAAUACAGCUGCACACAUUUGGAAUGAGCUGCGUAAGUCACUGGAACAUGCCCAGAAGCGAACUAAUACUGCAUCCAAGUCACUUAAUGCAAGCUUUUGGGGUGCCCAUCAAAGAUUCUUCAAGCAGCUAUGCUUAAGCAUGAAAGUGCCAUCUAUUGUAAGUGAGACCAAGAAAGCACUAGAAUCUGGAAACUGUGUGGUUAUUGGAUUGCAAACAACAGGAGAGGCUAGUAUGGUUUCUGAGAUGAAAACUAGUGGUGGAAUGGUGAGUGGGUGGGUGUCAAUAACACAAGAAAUUCUUGAGCGAUUUAUUACAAGUUUCUUUCCAACAGAAAUGAAAAAUGAAUCAGAUACUUAUCAAGACCAGUGGUGUGUAACAGCCAAGAAAAUGCUGUUGGACUUCACUAAAGGUUGCAACUUUCCUGCUAGUCCUUUAGAUGACAUCAUUGACAAACUGGGUGGGCCAUCUCAGGUGGCUGAAAUGACAGGUCGUCAAGGGCGAAUUGUAAGAACAGCUAGAGGGUUGAAAUACGAGGUUCGAGAAAUUUGCCCUGGUACAGGAAUGGAGAGUUUGAAUAUCAAAGAGAGGAAUUGUUUUCUGAAUGGCACAAAGCUAAUAGCUAUUAUCUCAGAAGCUGCCAGCACAGGCGUGUCACUCCAUGCAGAUAGGAGAACCACAAAUCACAAGAGACGAGUGCACUUAACGUUUGAACUGCCAUGGAGUGCUGAUAAGGCAGUCCAGCAGCUUGGACGAACCCACCGUUCCAAUCAGUCGAGUGCACCGAUUUAUAAAUUGGUCACUACAAACCUGGGUGGCGAGAGAAGAUUUGCUGCAGCUGUUGCUCAGCGUCUGCAGUCACUUGGCGCUCUCACACAGGGUGAUAGACGAGCAGCCUCUGCUGUCAAUUUGUCGGGUUUUAAUUUUGAUACACCAUAUGGCAGGACUGCAUUACAGACUGUUUAUGAAUCAAUAUGUGCGUCUCGGCUCUCCCCUGGUGUCCUUUUGUCUUCAGUCACCUCUAGGGUUUCCCAAGCAGCGGGCUUGUCAGUCAUGCAGUUUACUCAAACCUUGCAACAAUGUCUUCAUCAGAUGGGUCUCCUCUCUGACUCUGAUAUUGAUCUAAAAGUGCGAGACAGAGAUGCUGGUGACAUUGGCAAGUUUCUCAAUAGAAUCUUGGGGUUACAAGUUAUCCACCAAAAUCUGACCUUCUCGUACUUUUGUGAAACAGCAAAGAUGACUAUUGAUGUGGCCAAACAGGAAGGAAGGUACAAUGAGGGCGUCACUGAUAUUGUGGCUUCAUCUGUAAAACUUACUCAGGAACCUCAAUUUGUUUUCCAAGAAGGACGACUGACUCAUCAGAAGACUAAGCAUUUAACUGUGCUAGUCGAUAGAGGCGUGGAUUAUCCUUCUGCUGCUAAACUAUUGGAAGGGGCACAAGGCAAUGACAGUGGUUUCUACUGGUCAAAAAAGGAAAGACGAGGACAGCGGCUGCAUCUCCUAGCAAUUCAAAAACCAAAUGCACCCCAUCUCUUUCAAAUUGUUCGACCUAACACUGGGAAGUCUCCUUUUGAGGAGGAGAAAGAAGAGCUCGUGCAAAGAUAUGUUCGUAUAUCAUCCACUGAUGCAGCACCAGGAUGGAACAAACAAUAUGAUAUGACAUUAGAGAAGUGCAUACACGGGGCUAACUGCCAAUCUGCAAACAAAUGUCGAGUCGGUAGCAGGACAACUGAAAUACAUCUUCUCAGCGGCGCUCUUAUUCCCAUCUGGUCUGUAUUGGAAUCUACGCUUUAUCGUCAUGCAGAAUCUCUCCAUCUAACAAAGAAUGAAAGGUCACUUCGAAUUGUUCGAUUGCAGCUAGACAGUGGACAGAGGAUAAUUGGAGUUAGAUAUCCACUCCCUCUGAUAAUAGAAGUAGCAUCACAGCUGAAACAAUUCUCGCAUGCUCUACUUUCCAGCAAAGAGAGCAAUGUAGCUGAACGUCCUGCAGAGGUCAUAAUAGAGCCUGAAUCACCUGUUGUUCCUAAAUUUCUCUCUCGAGCAACCACUCUACCUGUAACUAUACAGAAGUUCUUCUUUUCAAGCAAAAAUGGUUGUCAGAACGAAAUUUCACCAGCAAACGUUGAUGUUACAUCUGAAGUCAAUAGUAGGCACGUGACCAAAUCAUUGACUAGUCAUUCUCUGGGACGAAAGCGACCAAAGUUGCAGGCUAGUAAUGCAGCAGGUCACAAUACCUUGAGCAUUGCUCAUGCCUUCCAACAGAAGCCGAAACGAAAACCUGACUGUACAGAUGAGAGUGAUUGUGAAAAGCAAGGAGUUCCCUAUGAAAAAUCUCAGUGUCCAAUAUGUCAAAAAACAUUUACAUCCUCUGUAUCUAAUUUGGACAUAAACAGACACAUCGAUGAUUGCUUGAAGAGAGUCUAACUACUGCCAUUUCAUGUUUUUAAUAAUAUCUGGCAAGAGGCGUUUUAUAUGUCAGAUUAGCAAAACAAUGAACUAUUGUAACAGACACAAAGAGAUAAUAACGCUAUUGUUGUUACGUCCCCA